AAGUCCAGCAUCAACUCAAACCUGCUGGCUGCUGUGUGACAUGGUCAUACAGGGGGGUAACAACCAGGAUCUGUGAAUGAACACUAAGUUAAAGGGUGUGUAUAUGUGUGUAUAUGUGUGUGCGUGUGGAAUGUAAUUGUCCUGCUCUUUAAUUUCAUGUCGCAAGCAAUAUGACAAAGCUCCCUGUUAGAACAUUUCAAAUUGUCUGAGUGUUGACCAACCGUAGUUAAGACCAAUGGAGGAAAUUAGCCUUAUAACUAGUUGCUGGUGACAUUUGGUUAGGACCAGAGACUGUAAAUAAAGAUGGACGACAAGUCUCCACUUCCUCCAUCUUUCCAGGAAUUAAGCAGAAAUAUGUCGGAGCGAUGUUGAUAUCUUGAGCCAGAGUCGUCUUGGCAGCAGUUGUUCCACGCACUGGACCAAUUGAGAGUCAGUCUCUUCUUGAAAUUGUGUUGUUCACCCAGUUUUUAUAAAACCAAAUUUACUGGAGAGUGAGCACUUGAACAAACGGGAGGCUGUUAUGGAAAGUUAGGGUCGAUCUUCCUGAAUCAGUUGUUCGCUCGGUCAUGCCGGAUAGAAGCUACUGUCCACAGUGGCAGUGAUGAUUUGUUCUCAAAGUUUAUUUUUGUUUAUUUUCAUAGGCUAUCUUGGUGUUAAGGUGCCACAGUUGUGCAAAGAUAAGCCCCGUCGCCUCAUGGCAAGAAGGUUCUUGGUUUGAAUCCCAGCUCAGACAUGGUUUGCCUGUUAGAGGUUUUCUCUGUGUCUGCGAUUGUGACCAUCAAAGGACAAGUUGUACAGAUACUGUAUCGAUGGAGUUUGGAGUUUGGAUGAGCUAUAACAGUGAGGAGGUUGAACCCUCUUAUCACCUCCAAAGAGUUUCAUGACUGCAAGCUGAUUUACAGACGGCUACGCAACUUCUGCACAUAGACUCCUGCUAGAUACAUGUUCAGUGACCCAUAUUUAAAGUGCCACACACUCGCACACACUCACUCACACACACACAGACCUUUUAUGACUCAUGCCUUUUGACAAAGAUGUAAUUUAGCAGUCAGCUUUUGGGGGGGUGUAGUCGCUGAAAUGCAGAUGUGUGAGUGUGUCUCUGACAGAUAAAGAUAGAAGGCCAUAGAAAACGCUGGCUGGAUUAAGCUUCUGCCUUGGCUGCAAAACGUUGUGGUGGGGGGGGAGGAGUAGCCAGGGAAAACCAUUGUGGGUUGGCAGGAGAGGGGAGAGCGGAAGAGAGAGGGGAGAGGGAAGGUUGUGAGAGCGAUGGAGCUUUAUUUUGUAUUAUGCUAUUUGUAACAGCAGCCUCACACAGAGAAAGAGGGCAAAAUGCAGGAAAAAACGGAUUCUCCGAGCCGAGCCACGAGCAUCCUGGGGAAGCCAUUUCUUUCCCCUGUCACUUUUCUCCUUUAUGUCCUCUCUGUUUCCAUCCCUCUCUGUCUCCCGCCUCCCUCGUCCCUCUGUCUGUCUGACAUCGUCCUCAGGCUCACCCGGCUCUCAAAGCCUUUAUGUGUGGCUCGCUCAGUGGCACCUGCUCAACGCUGCUCUUUCAGCCUUUGGAUCUGGUGAAGACACGUCUCCAGACUCUGCAGAACAAUGCCAAGCCGGGGGCUCCAAAGGUCGGGAUGUUUAGUGUUAUCGUCAAUAUUAUUAGGACGGAGAAUUUCUUCAGUCUGUGGACGGGGGUUUCACCAUCAUUUGUGCGCUGCAUCCCGGGGGUCGGCAUUUAUUUUAGCACCUUCUACUCUCUGAAGCAGCACUUCUUCUUGGACCAUGCACCCAACGCUGGUGAGGCUGUUCUUCUCGGCGCAGGCGCCAGAGCUGUGGCCGGCGUCAGCAUGCUGCCAUUCACUGUCAUCAAGACACGCUUUGAGAGUGGCUGCUACAACUAUGGGAGUGUGGUCAUGGCUCUGAAGCAUGUGUAUGAAACAGAGGGAUUCAGGACUCUGUUCUCGGGGCUGACGGCCACGCUGCUCCGAGACGCUCCAUUCUCUGGCAUUUACGUCAUGUUCUACAGCCAGACCAAGAAGUCCCUGCCACAAGAGGUUUCAUCGUCGCCCUAUGCUCCGCUGGCGAACUUCAGCUGUGGAGUAGUGGCAGGUGUCAUGGCGUCGCUGGUCACACAGCCUGCAGAUGUGGUGAAGACCCACAUUCAAGUUAGCACGUCUCACUGGAGCACGGCAGAUGCUGUUCGCUACAUCUACAAGGAGCACGGCAUGGGUGGGUUUUUUCGUGGAGCUGUGCCCAGGUCUCUGCGGCGCACUCUGAUGGCUGCUAUGGCUUGGACUGUCUAUGAGCAGUUGAUGGCUCAGAUGGGUCUCAAGUCCUGAAGACCAACGGUGUUGAGACCAAAAAAAACAAGAUUGAAUAUAUGUGGACGAUUAUCUAUUUUCCCACUGAAAGACACGUGCAAGAGGAAAAGGUGGCCGAGCUUAUAGGAUUUAAGCAGAGGAACCAGGUGGCUAAAGGUCUGAAAAAAGAGUGCAAGUGCCAUGUGUCUGGGUGUGUAUGUUUGUAUGUAUGCGUGUGUGUGUGUGUAUUUGUGUUUGUGUGUGUUAUUUAAAUGUGAAAAUGUGCCUGUUGGUGUGUGUAAAUUUGUAAUAUUGCAAUAAUACACCUGACACACGCUUACAUCAAUCUUGGACCGUAGUGACACUCCCUGCUGUAAAGUGAACUUAUUCCUCAUCUUACUAUUUAUGCCUGGAUACCAGCCACCACUCGAGAUGCCCUUGACAGAGGGCCUGUAUUCCUGCUCGAAAACAAAGUUGCUUUGGACAAGGUGUCUGAAGAAACUGCCAACACAAACAGGGCAUUCAGCAGACUGGUGAACGGUGCCUCUGUGGAGGUAACCAAAAACAAAGCACUGCAGAGAAAGAGAUGAAGUCUGGUUUCUGCCAUAUUUAUGAAACUUAAGAUUGAGCAAUGUUUCUCAUUUGCCAAUAGAUCUUAAUUGACAAGUGGAAUUAAGGGGGAAAUGUGUUUGUUCAAGGCUCAGACAAUCACCAGUUCUAAUACAGUAAGAAUAUGCUUAGGAAAUCUGCAUUAACUUUAACAGUCACAAUAAAGCCUUUUUUUUCAUAUUACUCAAAACUAUGAUAAAUGAAUUUAUAGUCCCAGUCAUAGCUGUAGCUUAAAUAUAUUCAUGUAUUCUAAGGUACCCUGUGGAGGUUCUUACCACUAGUAGCGCUGUGGAACAGCUUUUUAUGAAUUCCAUUUUAUUGUUUGUAUUAUGCAGGAGCAACACUGCACUGAGUCACGCUGCCACUUUCACGCCAUUCUUAUAGAAAGUUUGCAGCAGUCAUAUCCAUCUUAAAAUACAGUCUAUGGUUUAAAGCCUGUUCUGUUAAAGUCAGAUUUACACAAUUUUGCUCUUGCAAAGGAAAAGAAGAUGACAACAAAGGUGUUUACACCUUUUCUCAAGUUUUUACUAAGCAAAUGUGGUGGGAAACGCAUUAAACACGUUUGUCAGACAAUUAGUAACAAAAACUGAAAGAAGAAAACUCCAGAGGGCACCUUCCAUCGAAAAGAGUUUAUGUUUGCUCUUUUUUAAGUUCAAUUAUUUUCUACAAAUUACAGAUGUUGAAGUCAGUUACCUCCUGUGCAUAUAUCUGGAACAUAACACUUGCAAGUGAAGUAUUGCUUAAUCAUUUUGCUAAUGGUUUUAUAAAAAAGACACAGCAUUCAUAUCCAUAUAGUGUUGGAAGAGACAUGGAUCCUGUCACCUUCUUCCUUCUUUCUGGCUUCUUUCCAAAUGUUUGACUACAAACAGAAUUAUUGGUUGUAGAGAACCAAGGCCAUAUUUCUAAUGUUGAUUGUUCAGUGUAUGAUUUCUUUGAUGUUUAUUAGUGUUGAUGUGAACUAAAGAUAGGUUAUAUAUUGCAAAUAUAAAAGUUUAUAGAGACAUUACCAAAUGGUGGAUAUUUCAUUAUGGGAACAAAAUGGGAGGCACCCAACAUGGGAACGCACUGUGAUAUAAACGGAAAACUUGUGCAGUAAAAAAAUAUUAAAAAACCAUACUGGAAAAGUCUAAUGGCAUUAACAGGUGCAGUAUAUUCAGACUGAACCUUUGCUUUUCUCAAGAAUAGAGGUGAGGCGAUGGCGUUUUUUUAUUUUUUUAUGUGAAAGUUAAUGCAGUGUGAUAGGAUCGAUUUCUAAAUUCCUGUGUAUCUAAUGAUGUACAUGUGCCAUACUUCUCACAUUAAUGUUUUACCUCGAGGAAUCCCCUCAUCCUUGCAACACUCCUCAUUAUCGUCUUUUAAUUAUGACAAUGUCGCACAUGGUUAUUGUGAUUGUAGAUACUUGGAUAUUUGUUUGCUACGACUGAUUCUGAGCCUGCCUGGAUUUUAACGUCAAUAAAUUUUACCCUUGUUUUUCUUUUA